AUGGCGGACGUGGUUGCUGAGCAGGUUGCGGACCAGAUACCAGUCCCGGACCGGGAGCUGAACGGGGAGGCGGAGGACAGAGAAGAGGCAGACCCCGUGGAGACGGAGACAGCGAAAAAGAAGAAGAAAAAGAAGAAGAAGAACAAGUCCGCAGCGGCAGGCGCUGAGGCGGAGGCUGACGGAGUGACCGAAGUGGCCAAACAGCUGGAGAAACAGGCGAUAGAAGAGAAAGAGAAAGAGGAGGAUGGAGAGGAAGACGGAGACGAUGGAGAGAACUCUGCAGGGAAGAAGAAGAAGAAGAAAAAGAAGAAGAAAGGACCCAAAUCUCAAACCGAUCCCCCGUCUGUUCCCAUCUGUGAGUUAUACCCAAGUGGAGUGUUCCCCAUCGGACAAGAGUGUGAAUACCCCACCGUACAGGACGGCCGCAGCGCAGUGUGGCGUACGACAAUCGAGGAGAGGCGGGUGAUGGAUAAAGCCAACGAGGAGGUGUGGAGCGACUUCAGACAGGCAGCCGAGGCCCACAGACAAGUCCGCCAGCACGUCCGCGGCUUCAUGAAACCCGGCAUGACCAUGAUUGAAAUCUGCGAGCGGUUGGAGGACUGCUCUCGUAAGCUGAUCAAGGAGAACAAGCUGGACGCCGGCCUGGCCUUCCCCACCGGCUGCUCCCUCAACCACUGCGCUGCCCACUACACUCCCAACGCCGGAGACACCACCGUCCUGCAGUACGACGACGUCUGCAAGAUCGACUUCGGCACGCACAUCAACGGGCGAAUCAUUGACUGUGCCUUCACUGUCACAUUUAAUCCAAAGUACGACAAGCUGCUGGAGGCUGUGAGAGACGCCACCAAUACUGGAAUCAAAAACGCCGGCAUCGAUGUGCGUCUGUGUGAUGUCGGAGAAGCGAUUCAAGAAGUAAUGGAGUCCUACGAGGUCGAGCUUGACGGCAAAACAUAUCAAGUGAAGCCGAUCCGAAACCUGAACGGUCAUUCAAUCGGUCAGUACAGAAUACACGCAGGAAAGACUGUGCCCAUCGUUAAAGGAGGAGAAGCAACGCGGAUGGAGGAGGGAGAGGUUUAUGCCAUCGAGACAUUCGGCAGCACAGGUAAAGGUGUGGUGCACGACGACAUGGAGUGCUCUCACUACAUGAAGAACUUUGACGUCGGCCACGUCCCCAUCAGGCUUCCCAGAGCGAAACACCUCCUGAACGUCGUCAACGAGAACUUCGGCACGUUGGCGUUCUGCCGCCGCUGGCUGGACCGCCUGGGCGAGAGCAAGUACCUGAUGGCCCUGAAGAACCUGUGCGACUUGGGCAUCGUGGACCCCUACCCGCCCCUCUGCGACACCAAGGGCUGCUACACGGCUCAGUUCGAGCACACCAUCCUGCUCAGGCCCACCUGCAAGGAGGUGGUGAGCCGGGGAGACGACUACUGACAACCCCACAGCACCACAGCGCCCCCCCUUCACCUCGAAACAGCACCUCCAAGACCCUGUUAGCAACUCCUUCUUCUUCAGAGAAACAGCCGGAAAUAAAAAAAAAAAAAAAAAAAAGCUCCUUUAACAGGAUGUCGUUGUCUGAGAGCAGUUCUUGAGGGAUGCCAAAUGCUACUGUAUUCUACCCACAAUGCACCACUCUCAGCUUGCACGGAAGAAGGACUGGCUUUCUUGAGUUUUCUGUCAUCACCCACAGCUUUAAAAAAAAUAAAAAAUAAAAAGCCUCGACCUCUUUCUGUGGGAGGAAAGAUUAAAGUUUCCUUCAACAUCCUGCGGACCUCAUUUUCCAAAAACAUCAAGUUAACUGUCUGACAGUUAAAGAGUUAAUUAAGCUGCUGCUCAAUCUAAUGCACCCCCCAGUAUUCAUACAGUGGCGAGCGUGGGAAACCCCUUUAUUACCCCCCCCCUCCUUUAAUUUUCAAAGUUUCUAUGGCUCCACUCUGAGCCUCCAGUGCUUUAGUGCUCGAGUUAAGUUAAGCACAACUGCUACUGACGAGUUGAAGAAGUGGUUAUGCCGAUGCAUGGCCAAAAAAAAUCUCUGCAAAGGACGAUUCCUAAAAAUCUAAAGCUUUGGGAUGUCUUGGAAUACGAGCCGACUACAUACAGGCGCCGUGCAUCUGCAGCUGUAUGUUUGGCUUCUGUUACAGGAGGGAACGCUGCACUUUGGCCCUCUAGUCAUCGUUUCUGUGAUAUUUGUAAAAUAUCUUUGAAAUGGGCUGCUGCCACUGUAUGUUCCUGAUUGGAAAAAAAGCUUCAUUUUGAAAAAUCCCUGAAAGUGUUUUUGUAAGAAAAAAAGAUUAAAAUGGUUUUGCUCAUUA